AUGGUUUCCAGGAGUUGUAUCGGGAUUUCAACUAUGAAACCCUGUUCUAGGAUAUUAGGUAGCUAUAAUCAUUCAAUUUUUUGGUACCCAUUCGGGAGAUGCAAUCUCCAGGUUAUGGAUAAUUUGUCGAAAUCACAGCAAAAGAUAAAGGAUGUACAUAGAAUGGGCGGUGGUAGGUACCGCCAUAGGCACAGGGUUGUCACACUUACAAGAGUAAUCAAUUCGAAUCGGUGUGCUUUUUGUGGAUCCGAUUCGAAUGGGGAUCAGCACAGGGAUUCUUUUUGUAAUUGGCUUGGUAGGAGUAAGAAUAGGCUUGCAUUUGUUGUUCCUAAAGUAGCUUCUGAUAUGAAGAGCCAUUCAACUUCCACUGAAGCUCAAGUUAAUGACAAGAGCUUCAAGAAGUUCUAUAUUCAAGGGGGUAUGAAUGUAAAGCCUUUGGUGAUUGAGAGAACAGAAGCCCAGGAAGAUGUUGUAGAGACAUAUGAACAGAAAGAUGGGGGUAGGGUAGAGAUAACUGAUGAUUCAACUGUAAAUAAAAAUGAUUUAAAUGGGUCAAGUAUUUCAAAAUUGACCCCUGAGAGAGAGGUGUCUGAGGUAGAAAAGGAAGCAUGGAAGCUGCUCCAGGGAGCAGUUGUAAACUAUUGUGGAUAUCCUGUGGGGACAGUUGCGGCAAAUGAUCCAGCUGACAAGCUGCCGCUGAACUAUGACCAAGUUUUUAUUCGUGAUUUCAUCCCGUCAGCUCUUGCAUUCUUGCUUAAUGGAGAAGGGGAGAUUGUCAAAAAUUUUCUGCUCCAUACUCUUCAGCUGCAGAGUUGGGAAAAAACUGUGGACUGCUAUAGCCCUGGACAAGGGUUGAUGCCUGCAAGUUUUAAAGUGAGAACCAUGCCACUUGAUGGAAGAAAUGGUGAAUUUGAGGAUGUUCUGGACCCAGAUUUUGGUGAAUCUGCUAUUGGGCGAGUUGCACCUGUUGAUUCUGGGUUGUGGUGGAUUAUUUUAUUAAGAGCUUAUGUAAAGAUUACAGGUGAUUAUACACUGCAAGAGAGGGUGGAUGUGCAGACAGGCAUUAGAUUGAUACUUAAUCUCUGCUUACGUGAUGGUUUUGACAUGUUUCCUACACUCUUGGUCACUGAUGGUUCCUGCAUGAUUGAUAGAAGGAUGGGAAUUCAUGGCCAUCCACUUGAAAUUCAGGCCUUAUUUUACUCUGCUUUGCGCUGCACUCGUGAGAUGCUAAUUGUGAAUGACUCAACCAAAAGUCUGGUUGCAGCCAUCAAUAAUCGGCUGAGUUCACUAUCAUUCCAUAUAAGAGAAUACUACUGGGUGGAUAUGAAGAAAAUUAAUGAAAUAUAUCGUUACAAGACAGAAGAAUAUUCUAUGGAUGCUAUCAACAAAUUCAACAUCUAUCCAGAUCAGAUUCCACCGUGGAUUGUAAACUGGAUUCCAGAAACUGGUGGAUAUCUUGUUGGCAACCUACAGCCUGCUCACAUGGAUUUUCGGUUUUUCACACUUGGAAAUCUGUGGGCUAUCAUUUCUGCAUUGGGCACCCAUGAACAGAACGAGUCUAUUCUGAAUUUUAUUGAAGGUAAAUGGGAUGAUCUCAUUGCACAAAUGCCUCUCAAGAUAUGUUAUCCAGCUUUGGAGGGUGAAGACUGGCGAAUAAUAACUGGAAGUGACCCUAAGAAUACCCCAUGGUCAUAUCACAAUGGAGGUUCCUGGCCAACCCUUCUUUGGCAGUUUACCCUUGCUUGCAUUAAGAUGGGAAAACCAGAACUAGCAAUGAAAGCAGUAGCUGUGGCUGAAGAGAGGCUUCCAGUGGAUCAGUGGCCCGAGUAUUAUGAUACAAGGUAUGGAAGAUUUGUAGGCAAACAAGCUCGAUUGAAUCAGACAUGGACUGUUGCUGGGUACUUGACAUCAAAGAUGCUUUUGAAGAAUCCAGACAUGGCAUCCUUGUUGGUUUGGAAUGAGGAUUACGAACUACUGGAAAAUUGUGUUUGUGGGUUGACAUUUAAUGGGAGAAGAAAGUGUUCUCGCUUUGGUCUUAGAUCUCAGAUUGGUGUCUAAAUGGCUCGGGGAAUACAGUCCAGUCCAGUCCAGAGCGUUGUAGAGUAGCAAUUAAGUUGCAGGCAUUUGGGAAACAUAAAAUGUAUUAUAUAUAUAUAUAUAUAUAUAUAACGUAAGCUGCUGAAUUAUAGGAUGGCUAAUAGACAGACGCAGACCCAAUUGCACUGGAUGCAACGUAUGUAUGUGCAUACAGUAACUAAGCUCUUAGGUCUGUGACUCUGUGAGGGAAAAUAAUACUAGUUUGGUUAAUAAAUAGUGGGGCGGGGGUACAUCUUGUUGGAUCUCAAUUUUAAUUUUGUGUGUUUAUGAUCCGAUCAUGAAUUAUAUUUUGUAUGGCAGCUUACAAAUUCAGAAGGGGAUGCAUGCUUGUAAACCCUGGGAAGUGGUAAAUUAUUGUGUGGACCAUGGUCCACAUAGUGUUGCAUGGACCAUAGCAAAAAA